GCCAUCAGCAGAUGUGUGUGGCGCGAGGCUUUUCAAGAAAAAUGGCAUUUAGUUUGAAUAUGAUUGUCGUAUUCCUGCGUAUUCGCUUAUUCAGUAUGAAUGACGCGACUUGAGAUAUGUGUGACCGGACUGAGCGUACAUCGCUAUCGCAGUGCGUACGCCUCCCUCGCUCAGCAACCAGCGAAACCCUCCUGGUGUGUAGCCAGCCUUCUAUUGAUCGGCUGCGUGGAUUAAGCGACUGACGCAGCACCGCCGCGCCAAUUCGCUUAGAUUCUCCGUCUAGCUAGUAUUAGCCAGAUACUGGCCUUGUACACAGGAAUAUGCCGUUGCCUUGGAAUGCUGUGGAUUGUCUAUAGCAAGCUUUAUCAAUGCACUGCUAUCUGAAGUCGAAGGGCCAGGUUUACGAUUAGGGCAAAGAAGCAACCCGCUGAACACGAACCAAUGAGAAAGACUGCUGAGGUCACGUGAUGUAAUGACUUGCUGUAGACAUCCUGCUUGGUCUAUGCAGACAGGGAUAAUGUGUCAUGUCCAAUGUGACGUCAUUUCAACCGACCUUGACCUAUGAGGACGCGUCCUUGACCCCGAAUAAUACGUCCGCCCCGCCGAAUUCUACUGCUGAAAGGACCACCCUCCUUGCCACCGUGUUAUCGAAAGAGAUUCACACCUCAGGGUCUACAGAUUCGAUUUUGCCAGACAAUACCGACCACGAGUUGAUAACAGUCGUCUGGGUCACGACUGCCAUCGUAGUGGGUGUAGGAAUAUUUAUCAUGGCGCUAGUAGCCGUAUCACACGCCGCCCACUUAUGCCGCCGCCGGAAAAAUAAGUGCUAUCUGCACGACGGCGGAGCGCGACAGGAAGUUACGGAAAACCACGUGCCCGAGAACGCUCUAACACUGCACAGCAUCACGAUAAACGCCGAGGAACUGCGAGAUGUGGAUACAGGAAGUGUGUCCAUGGCACCGUUUGUGUUGAAGCCGCAGGAUAAUCCUGGCUACGAGAUCGACUGUGAUGAAAACUGGUCCAAAUCAAAUAAUAGAAACCACCAUCCGAAUUCAGCUUCAAAAAACACAAAGUCUCGUGAUCGCGAGAAGAGAAAAACGUCAACCAAUGAGAAACCGCGAAAGCUGUCACAUGGCGCGAAGGAUAGAGAGAGUGCGAGGAAAGGUGAAAAACGUGAUGGGUACACAAAGCAGUCACAGUAUCCGCAAGGAACUAAACUGAAAAAGCCAAUUGAACGUUCCAAGGAGGUUCGGGCAGACCCGAAUUUCCAGUUUGAUUCCCGCCAUUAUUACGAACGAACGAACAGCGCCGACAGAAAUAACACGGCAAGCACGAGACUGCUACGAGAUCCAAUGAGAUUUUAGCUCUUUUUAAAUAUGCAAAUUAGUGUCAAAUAAUUAGUAAUUAAUACAUGACAUGCUCAAGGUCAAGCAUAAGACUCAAAGUGUAUUAUGAAUGUAUAUAUUCAAAGAUAUCAUAAUACUUCGUAAAUUAAUCACUAGAAUUAUAGCAAUUAGUAUGCAAUACUCGAAUCAUGGACCUACCGUGCUCUGAGAUAUGAAUUUUUGCGUUCAUGUUUACUUAGUUCGCGUUCUGGCCAUUUAAUUGUCCAAAAUGAAACCAGAUACCUGCAUUCCCCUUAUUCACUCUCGUUAAAUGGACAAGGGGGUCGCGUGAUGUUGGGUUGGUGACCCUGGCUUCUCUCAACAGAAUCCAUUAAACAACUGAUAUAUUGGAAACUUCAAGACAAUUAGUUCAAAAACCAUCUUCAUAACCGGCGGAAGUCCUUUAUUUGGUAUCAGUGAAAGUGCUUCGUACAGUGCGCUAUAUGCAGGGCGCGUGGUGGCAAUUUGAUGGGUCAUAUGCUCUGACCCAGUUUACCCCUUCUAACCGUCUCCUCCGAUACAUCUCGGUUCUGCGAUGUUGCUAAACGGCUAAUACACCGCAGGACAAUGUGGCGCUGUGGCGCAUCUCGUUAUUUGAAUAGGUUUUGACUUCUAUCAUGUACUUUUACUGGGUUCUUUCAAUAGACAUGUUUCGCAACCAUUACGAUGACCUCCGACGACGAAAUACGAAGUAUAGUUAAUACGGUACUUUAACGAUCAGUUUUUUGAAAAUAUCCUCUUUUCUUCUUCUGACUGGGAAGAUAUCUUCUCGUCGUGACGUCAUUGAUCCUGCUGUGAUGACGUCGCCAAUUUAGGUAUAGAAUAUGAUUUACGAGUGUCGCCUAAAUCAAGUAGAACAGGACUUAAAUGACACGACAUACAUUCGUAGUUUAUACAACGUCGUUCGUAGAGGUUACGAAACUUGUCUAAUAAUUGUGUUGUGUGUGUUAAAAUAUAUCGUGAUCUUACUACGUGUACAUGUACUAAUUUCUUUUGUGAGAUUUACACUGGUAACCUUGGCCGCGAUUCUGGUUCGCGAAGAUCUUCCUAUAAAGUGACCUGACAGCUUGAUAUUACUUGUACGUUAACUUUGCGUUGCCAGUUAAGCGCAUUACACUAGUACAAGGCCCGGGGUCCGGUUGUUCAAAACCAACUAUUGUCACUAACGCUGGUGUUAACUUAACAUAGCCUUAUCUCCGUCAGUUAAGCCAUUAGACUUAACGCUAAGUUAAUAAGUUAACGCCAGCGUUAGUGACAAACAUUGUUGUGAACAACCGGUGUGGCGGGGAUAGUAGUCCUAGGGCUGAUAGUCCGUGUAACAAACAAUAGCCUGCAUUGCUAAAUGUUUUGGUUAGGGUUAGCGGUACAAUAGAUCAUGCUGCUUAAUUGGGCAAAUACAAUGCUACCGGACUAUGACUCCAGGGGGACUAUAUCCGCUGUCACACCGGGCACUGGAAUUCACCACCGCACUGGGAGAAUCAAUCUAGAGGCCACCUUCAACUGUACUCAUGCGUACACCUUCCACAGACAGCAUUGCAAGUCAUUUUGCUGAAUGCAUUCGUUUAUUUUUUGUCUGGUUACCAUAGCAACGGGUGACGAUUUACACGGAAUAUGUAAAAGUAUGCCUUCAGUCAUUUAACAUAAUCUUCUUUCGGUAAUUUUUUUUCAAUUUCGUUUAAAAGGUGUAUGAUAUCAUGAUGUAGGCAGGUGAAGUUACUGAUCCAAAAACGAAGGAAGGCGUUGUGUAGAUAUUUUUUAACAACUUGGAAAAUAAUUGCGACGAGUUGACCAGAAUAAUAUUUCUGUAAAUAUUGUAAAUAA